AUGGAUCAAUGGGUGCUCAGCUCUAACUUUAUAGAACCACAGUGCUUCAUCGGGCCCUGCUGCCUAUCGUUGGUGGCUUUGCUCGGCGAAAAGGUCGCCUUUCCAGGAAACCAGAGAUAUAGUUCUUCUAUUUCUUCGUAUCAUAGCCAACAGGAAUCUCGUCUCGAGCCUUUAUGUGUCGUUAUACCAACUACAAGAGAAGAUGUCUCUAUCGCAGUCCACUCGCUAUCCUCUAUAGCUGAGUCGCUUGGAGAUUAUGAACAGAAUAGCUGUCAAUUCGCUAUCCGAUCCGGUGGGUACGCAGGCAUUGCUGGAGGGGCAAAUAUUGCUGGCGGGGUGACUAUAGACCUACGUUCUCUUAACACCAUUGAGGUCAGCGAUGAUAAGUCUAUAGCCUCUGUAGGAGCGGGUGCUCUUUGGGGUGACAUCUAUUCAAUACUAGAUCCUCUUGGUAUAUCGGUAGCUGGCAGUCGUGUAGCACAAGUCGGUGUUGGUGGGCUAACUUUAGGUGGCGGAAUUUCAUACUUUUCGCCGCGAUAUGGUUGGACAUGCGAUACGGUAUCGAACUUCGAAGUUGUGCUGGCCAAUGGGACCAUCGUAAACGCCAACGCCGACGAGAACCCCGAUCUUCUGUUUGCUCUCAGGGGUGGUUCAAACAACUUUGGCGUUGUCACCCGGAUCGACUUUGAAACUUUUGAACAGGGCCCUAUAUGGGCUGGAGGGGUUCUAUCGUCCAGUGAAACCAUAGAUGAACAGCUGAAAGCGUUCGUUGAUUUAAAUUCAGCGGAAUCUUAUGAUGAGUAUGCGUCGUUAAUAAUGAAUAUUGGUUACGCCGCCGGCGGUCGCAAAACUUUCAUCUUGAGCAACAUCGAAUACACGAAAGCCGACGAGAAUCCACAAGUUUUCGAACCAUUUAUGAAAAUAUCUGCGAUGGAUGAGAAAGUGCGCAUUGCUACUAUGGCAGAAAUGGCGGUAGAACAGGGCUCGUACUCGAAAAAUGGACGGCGUCAAUUAUUCGUCACGAUAACUCAUAAGUCCACUGUCCCGAUGCUUAAGGCAGUUUACUUGAACUGGAAUAAAAGUAUAGAGACUAUCAAAAGCGUUCGUGGCAUUGUCUGGGCCAUCUCGCUAGAACCGUUACCACCAGCCAUUUACGCGCGAUCCGCAGCGUCUAAUGUCUUCGGACUUUCAGACAGGUCAGACGCACUGGUGAUAACCCUGUUAACCGUAUUUUGGAGAAACGAGGCGGACGAUUUGAAGGUUGAGACGGCAGCGCGCGAAUUGUUUAAAGAGAUUGAAGACGAUGCGAAAAGGUUGGGCGCAUAUGAUCCCUUCAUUUACCCAAACUACGCAGCGCCAUGGCAAGACCCUAUCGCUAGCUAUGGGGGCGAAAGCUUGCGGAAACUACAGAGAGUGAGGAUGGAUGUAGAUCCGAAAGGGGUUUUCUCACGUCAAGUUCCUGGUGGUUUCAAGAUUCCGUUCUAG